AUGGGGGCUUGCAGCAAAGAAAAGCGCAAGAAGGCGCUCAGAGAGCUCCAAGCCCGUGGACGGAAAGGCACACUCAGCCUUGUCAUCUUUGAUGUCUCCGACGACGAUUCCAUUGGAGCUGCAGCAGCAAAGAUUCAGGCGGAUUUCGGUCGCCUGGACGUCCUGGUGAACAACGCUGGAAUCGCUACUACGGUUCUCAUCACCCGGGACUCUCUCCGCACAGCUUUUGACACAAAUGUCUUUGGUGCUAUGCUUUUGACCAACGCCAUGACGCCGCUCCUUCACGCGUCGAAGUCGCCAAAGAUCAUCAAUGUCAGCUUAGAGCUAGGUUCCAUCACCUUGAAACUCGACCCCGCGAACCCUUUUUACAAGAUGCCUGGCGAGAUACAUCGAUUGUCCAAGGCAGCUCUUAACAUGCUGGAAGCCUGCCAACACGUUGCGCUCGAGGAGGUUGGCGGUACAGUCUGGGCUUUCUGCCCUGGAUAUGUGAUUACCGAUCUGACAGGUGACAGGGAGAACUGGAAAAGCCAAGGCGCCGAGAGCUCGGAGACGAGUGCGCAAGGGAUUCUCGAAAUUGUGCAAGGAAAGCGCGAUGGCAAUGUUGGCAAGUUUGUAACCAAAUAG